AUGGACUUUACAUUCCACAACGGAACAAAUGGCUCGUCGCCCUGGGUCGAAUUCUACCCCUACGCCCCAUCCGCCACAGCAGGAUACGCCUUUAUGGCCAUCUUCGGAAUCGCAACCGUCGUGCACAUCAUCCUCAUGUUCCCUUAUCACGCAGCCUACUUCAUUCCCCUCGUUCUAGGGGGCAUAUGCGAAACCUUCGGCUACUACGGCCGAGCAUGGUCCCACCAAGACAGAACAGCAAUCGGCUCCUGGGCCCUCCAGGAGAUGCUCAUCCUCUGCGCGCCCCCCUUCAUCGCCGCAACCAUCUACAUGGUCCUCGGCCGCAUCAUCCGCGCCUUCGACGCCGAGCACCACUCCAGCAUCCGCACCAAAUGGCUGACGACCAUCUUCGUCCUCAACGAUGUCGUCUGCUUCCUGACGCAGAUCGGGGGCGCGGGGGUGCAAGUUACCGGCGACGCGCAUGUCAUGGCUACCGGCAAGAAGGUCGUCCUGGUGGGAUUGGUCCUCGCGCUGGUGGUGUUUGGGUUGUUCGUCUGGGUGGCGGCGAGGUUUCAUCGGAGGCUUGAUGCGGAGCGGGCUGUGGUGAGGGAGUGUCCCCGGCUGGGGUGGAAGAGGUACAUGUGGGCGAUUUAUAUCUCGUGCGGGAUGUUGAUGGUCAGGAACUUGGUGAGGACGAUCCAGUUUGGGUCGGCGAAGGGGUCUCCCUUGAAUACGGAGGAGGCGUAUAUCUAUGUCUUUGAUGCGGCGUUGAUGGCCUGUUCGAUGGGGGUGUUGAUUGUCUGGCAUCCGGGGAGAUUGGUGUUGAGCGCUCAGAGGGCGACUAAAGCGAGUCAGAUGUGUGCGCAGAUGGAGAAUAAUUCGGCUGAUAUCCCAUUGACGGGAUAUAGAGAGGUAUAG